AACACUGAAAAACAAUAAUAAAACAACAACUAGUUAAAAUGGCUUCUCUUUAAACCUCAGCGGAGUCAACAUCACUCUCUAGUCAACUUUAAUGGCGGAUCAGCCCAAAACGACGUCGAAUCGUCCAUGGAUUCUCGAGCUCGUCCCUCUUCUCGUGGUCAUUCUUAUAGUAGCUCACGUCCUCGCUCUGGUUUACUGGGUAUACAGAUUAGCUACAGAGAGACAACCCCAGAGGAGAAAGAAGCACUAGAAUUACUUCAAGAUUAAAAUUACCCAUAUGGCGGUAGGUGCCAUGCUUUCCUUCCUAGCUCAUCACUUUGCCUAGGAUUUCAACAACUGCUUAUUCUGCAUUAUAAGUUAUGGUUUUUUACUGUCAUCUCAUGCCUACUUCUGUUAGUGAAAUGCUGCAUGAAAGCUUGUGAAAAUAUAUCAUUAUAACUCUGUAUUAUCCAUAAAAUUCAUGAUACGUGGUGAUUUCCUGUUAAAAGACAUUAACAGAGAUUCUACUUUUUUGAGCGUGUGGUAAAAGAUAUAGCUUUCCUAGUCUUAUUCCCUUUGUGUAUAUGUCUUAAUGUUAUAUUUUCAUUUGCCAACUCCUCUGACAUUAUUUCUCUUCUUUGCUUCGGCCCCUUGGGCAUAAAAGUUAGUGUGAGACAGUGUGUGAUUUUUAACAUACACCUACAUUCCAUUAUCUCUUUAAUUUUCUCUCUUUAAAUAUUUGUAUUUUAUCACGCGGGUCCUGAUCAUCAUAUUCGUUUUCUUAU